AUGUUCUUCAAGCGUCGCUCUCGAGCUAAUAGCUACAUCGAAAACGACGCCCCGCAGCGCUCUCAGUCCUACGACGACUACGAGAAAGUCAGGCCCGAAUCGUCCCACACGCAGCAACAGCAGCAGCAGGUCUCGUCGCCCACCGAGCAGGACAUGUACCCACGACCCCAGCAGCCCCAGGAGCCCCAGUACUCGCGCGGUCUUUCUAACGCCGUCAACGGCAUGUCUCUAGGACAGCCCACGCCGCCUCUGAGCUCCGGCCUCAAGCCUGAGCCGAUGCCCGACCUGCUCACGCAGGCCUUCAACCAGGCUGUUCGACCCUACACGGAGAAGAUUGAGCAGCUGGAGAGUCAGCUCGCCGACAUGCAGGCUUGGGUAGAGCAGCUGGAACAGCAGCGCGCCGAGGUGCACAGCUGGAUUGACAAGCGGGGACUGCGACCUGAUGUUCCGCCUUCCAUUGCCAAGAUCAUGGACACGACCACUGCCGACGGAGCUGUAACACUCAACGCGCAGCUCGACCGCAAGAUCACCAUCGUGAACUUCGACCUCCAUCGCUUGCAGGACGACCUCAACGACUCCAUCUCUUCUGCUCAUUUUGCCUCAGCUAUGCUCAAGUUCUUGCCCGACAUUCAGCGACUGGCGCUCCUACCCUCGGGACCUCGUCACGCCUUCGAUCUCGUCCUCAAGCUUGGCGGCAACCUGAACUCCCACGGUGGUCUCGAUACAGGAGAUGAAGACGACCUUGCUGCCCGCCGCGACUUCUACGGCCGCCUCGAUGCCGCUAUGGUUGACGUGGUCAGUAGGCGCUUCGGUGAAGGCGAGGAAUGGAACGUCCAGCGCGAGAUCAAACGUAUCGAGAAGACUGCACAGUACUUGUCGACUUACGGCAUCAAGCCGUACUUCCCGCAGACACUAGAAGUCAUGCGGAGCGAAAUGGACCACCGGGGAGGGGGCUAUCAAAGCACCAACGGGGCGCCAAACGGUCAAGGGUCGCCUCCGCGGUACCACUAA